AAAUUCUGAUUUAUCGUCCUUCUUUGAGUCAAGGAUGUAACGAUGCGACAGAAAUCCUAAGUUCCUUAUUAACCCUAGUGCAAACAUUUCUGUCCUUGCUCGUUGCCGAAAGAUCCGCAGUGGUUUACGCUUCAUGCGUUUGUGAGACGCGCGCGCCUCAGAGAUCCGCGUGUCAAUCAGCAGAAUUAGCGAGCGGCGCACCGCGCAGGCGUGAUCCAGUCUGAGCCGCGCGAGCUCGAGGCCAGUCGCUUCCGUCUCUUCAGCUCUACCUCUCCCGCCGGACACAUGCACACCGGCCCCCGGCGACCCUCCGCGCCUCUGUCGCACCUGUCCGGCGCGUGAAUGGCCCUCCCGCCAUGGACGAAAUACCGUUCCAGAAAGUCAAGACCCGGCGCAGGAGGAGCCACUGCCCGCCCGGGGUCAUCGCGUGCGAGGACGAGUUCGACUGCAAGGAGCUCGAGUCGCUCUUCCACAACUACAACCUGAAGCUCGACCAGACGUGCACGCUGAAGGCUCUGUUCGUGCUCAUCCUGCUGUCGUCCAGUCUGAGCCUGCUGGAGCUGCUGCUGUCCGGCGCCAGCCUGACCAUCGCCAAGGGCUCGUACCCGGUGCACUUCGUCGUCUUCAUCUCGCUCUUCAUCGUCACUAACGUCAAGUACCUGCAGGUGAGCCAGCUGCAGCAGAUCGCGCACUUGAGCCUGCUCUUCUGCUUCACCUGCUCGGUGCUGUGCUGCCCGUUCCCGCACGUGUCGGGCGCCACGGGUCCGGAGCAGGGCGUGUGGCAGCUGCUGUUGCUGACGUUCGUGGCGUACGCGCUGCUGCCGGUGCGGACGCUGCUGGCGGUGCUGUUCGGGCUGCUGGUGUCCGUGUCGCACACCAUCGUCACGGCCACGUCUGUGACGGCGAAGACCCAGCGGCUGUGGAGAGCGCUGGCUGCGAACACACUGCUCUUCACCGGAGUCAAUCUGUCGGGUCUGUUUGUGCGGAUCCUGACGGAGAGAGCGCAGCGCAGAGCCUUCCUUCAGGCCCGAAACUGCAUCGAGGAGAGACUGCGCAUGGAGGACGAGAACGAGAAACAGGAGCGUCUGCUGAUGAGUCUGCUGCCCAGAAACGUGGCCAUGGAGAUGAAGGAGGACUUCCUGAAACCUCCAGAGAGGAUCUUCCACAAGAUCUACAUCCAGCGGCAUGAUAACGUCAGUAUCCUGUUUGCGGAUAUCGUGGGCUUCACGAGUCUGGCGUCGCAGUGCACAGCGCAGGAGCUCGUCAAACUCCUCAACGAGCUCUUCGGCAAGUUUGACGAGCUCGCCACGGAGAAUCACUGUCGGCGGAUCAAGAUUCUGGGCGACUGCUACUACUGUGUGUCCGGCCUGACGCAGCCCAAGACGGAUCACGCUCACUGCUGCGUGGAGAUGGGUCUGGACAUGAUCGACACCAUCACGUCGGUGGCUGAAGCUACAGAGGUGGAUCUGAACAUGCGUGUGGGUCUGCACACGGGACGGGUGCUCUGUGGCGUGUUGGGUCUCAGGAAGUGGCAGUAUGACGUGUGGUCGAAUGAUGUGACGCUGGCUAACAUGAUGGAGGCUGGAGGACUGCCGGGGAAGGUGCACAUCACUCGCUCCACGCUGGACUGUCUGAAUGGAGAUUACGAGGUGGAGCCGGGGAACGGCCGAGAGAGACACUCGUUCCUGCUCAAACACGACAUCGAGACCUUCUUCAUAGUGCCAUCUCACCGCAGGAAGAUCUUUCCUGGCCUGAUCCUGUCAGACAUCAAACCUGCCAAAAAGAUGAAGUUUAAGACGGUGUGUUUCUUGCUGGUGCAGCUCAUGCACUGCCGCAAGAUGUUCAAGGCCGAGAUUCCCUUCUCCAGCGUCAUGAACUGUGAGGACGGGGACAAGAGGAGGGUGCUGCGCUCGGCUCCGGAGAAGCUCAGGAACCGGACCUCCACGACGGCUAACACCACCCAGAGCAGCCCGGGGACACGGGUCAACCGCUACAUCAGCCGUCUGAUCGAGGCCCGGCAGAUGGAGUCGGACACGGCUGACCUGCACUGCCUCACGCUCACCUACAGAGACCCGGAGCGAGAGCGCAGGUAUCAUCAGCUGAGUGACGAGUACUUCACCGGCGCUGUGGUUCUGUGUCUCGUCCUCACGGCUCUGAUCGGCGUCCUCUACCUGCUCAUCAUGCCUCAGGGGACGGUCGUGUUGGCGUUGCUGGUCUUCUGCAUCUGUUUUCUGGUCGUGUGUAUCAUAUAUCUGCACAUCACCAGAGUUCAGUGUUUUCCAGGUUGCCUCACCAUACAGAUCCGGACCGUCCUGAGUGUGUUCAUAGUGCUCUUAAUAUACGCCAUGACCCAGGCCUGUGUGGUGGGCUGCAUGCCGUGGCUCUGGCCGUCUAACUCCACGCGCUCCAUCGUGAUCAUCGACGUGUCCGCAGGGCUGAACCGCACCAUGGCGGAGCUGGCGUGUGAAGGAGCGCCGUACGCCCUGCUGUGCUGCAUGCUGGGGACGCUGACCGUGGUGCUGUUCCUGCGAGUGUCCUGGCUGUCCAAACUCUUUCUGCUGCUGCUGCUGCUGCUGCUGUACAUCACCGUGCUGGAGCUCAGCGGAUUCAGACGCUCCUCGGGGACGGUGUUGAUGAGCGCUCGCGGUCUGGAGCCCAUCCUCUCUCUGCUGCUGUUCUCCACCGCUCUCGCCCUUCACUCCAGACAGAUGGAGCUCAAGCUGCGCCUGGACUUCCUCUGGGCCACACAGGCAGAGGAGGAGAGAGACGGCAUGGAGAAAGUCAAACUAGAUAACCGGAGGAUCCUGUUCAACCUGCUGCCGGUUCAUGUGGCUCAACACUUCCUGCAGUCCAACCCCAGAAACAUGGAUCUGUAUUACCAGUCCUACGCUCAGGUUGGGGUGCUGUUCGCUUCCAUCCCCAACUUCAAUGACUUCUACAUCGAGCUGGAUGGAAACAACAUGGGUGUGGAGUGUCUGCGGCUGCUCAACGAGAUCAUCGCCGACUUCGACGAGCUCAUGGACAAAGAGUGUUAUAAAGACAUUGAGAAGAUCAAGACCAUCGGCAGCACGUACAUGGCAGCGGUGGGUUUGGUGCCCACCAUCGGAACCAAGGCAAAGAAAUCCACUACAGAACACCUGAGCACCAUCGCAGACUUCGCCAUCGAGAUGUUUGACGUUCUCGAUGAAAUCAACUAUCAGUCAUAUAACGAUUUUGUCUUGAGAGUGGGUAUUAAUGUGGGUCCGGUGGUGGCCGGGGUCAUCGGGGCCCGCCGGCCGCAGUAUGAUAUCUGGGGGAACACGGUGAACGUGGCCAGCCGCAUGGACAGCACCGGAGUGCCUGGGAAGAUACAGGUGACAGAGGAAGCAUACCGGCUGCUUCAGAACGACUAUGACCUGGUGUGUCGUGGAAAUGUCUGCGUGAAGGGCAAAGGUCAGAUGCUCACCUACUUCCUGGAGGGUAAAGCGCAGGACGCGGGGAACCGAGCGCCGCAUCACACCGGUGGCCUGGAGCGCAGGGUUCACGCCAUCGCCCGCUCCAGCAGCACACACACCAAAGCCGGCAGCACCGCGUCCCUGGCCUCGGGAGUCACUCCUGGGCUCCGGGGACACAGCGCUGCUCAUGUUCCUGCGGCCGGAGGAGAGCAGGAGGGCAAAGGGGGGGAGAUGUAAGACCGGUCGCACACUACACACAAGUAUCACAUCUGCAGGUGGAGAGAAUGAACCGUCUUCCCUUUAUUCACCUUCUCACACACAUGAAUGGAUCUUCACUGCACAUCAGAUCAGUUCUCCUGGAUAAAUUCAGGUACUGUUUUGCUUUUCUUUCUGACUUGACUAAUGGAAUUUGGGUUAGGGAACUCCCUUUCACUUUGAUUCUGCACUGCGUUCAGAGCUUCGCAUGAUCUUCAGCAAUGUGUUUCAUUUCUCAAGUUUUAUGCCAACUUCUUAUAUUUGCUGUAAAUAGUAGAUGUUCUUACGAUCAGAGUUUGUGAAUUUUGUUUUUGAAUUAAAGUCUCCAGUGCAUUUGAAUGAAUGUGAUAGUGUGUGAAUGAGAUACAUUUCUAACACACAGAGCAGCAAUAGAAGCAGGACAUCGUUGCACUAGAUUGUGAUUUCUUAUUUAUUCACUCUCACACACUCUUCAUCUUCAUCAUGUGAAAGAGUCCCGCUCACACGUUUCUAAAGGCUAAGACUGCUGGAGAAAUCAAAGAUCUCUGUCUUGAUGACACAUUCACAACUGUACUCUGAUUUCCCAUAAUAAUCAUCUUAUAAAUAGAUAAGUAUACACUGUUUCAAAGCAGCAUGUGUACAUAGAACAAGAGAAAUCAGGGAGUUUGAUAACAGCCUAAAGAAAGCUUCAUCAUCAUCAUAAUCCUCUGCUGCAGUCACUUUGACAGACUGUUCUGACAUUAUAAGCUACAAUCUGACAUCUAUAUUCAUACACACAGUGGAGCCCAAACAUAGGACACUGCAUUCAGUUUCACAUUUUUGCCAUUUAUUAAAACAAUUUUGUAUUACAACAUAAAAUGUAUGUACAACAUUGUAUUAGCAGAAUCAGUACAGUUAUAAUGGAGUGAAAAGAAAUGAAGAUUGAUGUGAAAAUGUCUCUCAGUAACACUGGAGCUACAUGAACAAAACCUGAUCAUCACGAUCUGAGAUGAGUCACAUAUCAAUCCAGCACAAUCGGAAAAACAGGAAAUGUUUACACAACGUUGGCAAGGUUUUCUCAAAGUCAUGAAAAAAAGCUCUUCCAAUAACAUUAAUAGACCAUUUGUUUGGAGUAAUCUAGUCUUUAAAACUGUUCUCUAAAUAUUAUUCAUACAUCAUGAAACAUUUUCUUAAUUUCAUCAUAAUGGGAAUUUUAGCUUGGCUUUGGCUAUUCAUUGAAUGUAACUUUAUUUAAAUGAUUUAAAGGAUAUUUUGAAUCUCAGAUUGAUUGUCAGGUGUGUGAUUAGCAGGGACAAACCUCCACAUGCUGAACAUGUGCCAAGUAUAACACAUCUCAAUCUGAAGUGCAAUGAUUGGACAUGAUUCUGUCAUCAGCAUUCACUGUAAUAAUAUCAGCAACACAUUCACAUGCAGAUGAAAUGUGACUGAAACUAACAAAUACUAUAUACUUUAUGCUGUAAGAGAGCUAUGUGCAGAAGUUCAGUCAUGGAUGUUUGACAUGUUACUGAGUUACUGAGGGGGAUGGUUUGUUGUUAACAAGGUCAGUUAUGUGUAGUCUAUGUGUGCACAAGAGUACAGUGACUAUCUACUGACACAGAGGUCAACAGCCCAUCCACGAGGAACGUCUCGGUUCUGUAUGUAACCCUCGUUCCCUGAAGGAGGGAAUGGAGACAUCAUGUCUGUGACAGAUGAAUUGGGAUCUUGUUUCGCGAAACCAAUUUACUUUGAGUGUACACUAAACGCAGUUAUUAUAUCCAACUGCAGCUUAUCAAAGCGUGAGCAUAAAAAGGCAGCAAGUGAGAUGCAUACCAGGUUUUCGCUGAGGAGCGAAGCGGGUGACCCGGCUGUUCAGCAAUGGUACAGCAGCCAUGGCGACGGGUGGUGACAUCUCCAUUACCUCCUACAGGGAACGAGGGUUACCAUACGUAACUGAGACAUCCCCUUUCAGGCGGUCACUGUUGACGUCACGUCAGUGGCUGAUGAUUUGGCAUCCUCUACCAAAGCGCCAUGGAUGCUGCCCCUUCCAGUGUCCUGUGUGAGCCACCUGUACCCCUUUUUGGUGUAGGCCAAGGCUCGCAACAAGAAGACCACAAACCCUUGUCAUAGCACUACCCACUCAAUGAGAUUGGAUAACACUGGGAAAACAUACACGUUCCACUUGGAACAGGGAAACUGCGAAAGCCCCAUCCUUCCUGAAGGAGGGAGCAAAAACGCACAUGAACAUAAUUUUAGGUGCAUAUGGACAAUUGGAGGUGAUUGUAACCCUCUUGGAAAUUGCAGAUUCUGUGUGAAUGUGAAUGGCAUGAAGUGACCUCAGAACCUUCCGACUCCAAAAGGAGAAGAUGGCAGCCGAGUUGGGACAUGUGACAGGAGUGCAGAUCACCUUUUCGGUUUAUGCACGCAACGGUCGCUGUGUUUUCCAUUCGGAGCAGCAUGUGCUUGCCUCAUAAGUGCAAUUUGAGACAGGUCAAGACAAGGCACAUUUCUAACAAUUCUAGGAAAUUGAAAUGCCAGUGCAGAUGGGUCCCCAUUCUAUCACAUCCUUUGCCAGUAGGACUGUGAUCUCUGCACCCAAGACAGGAGCAUCAGCUGCUUUCAUUGUAGCGAAGCAGAUGUUGCUAAACUUGGGGGGAUGUUGGGCAAACUGAGUCACAUAGCCAAGGCAGAUGGUCUGCAGAAGCCAGCAAGAUAGGCUGGGUAGUGCUAGCCAGGCACCCAGAAACCAUGCAAAUGGGACCAACCCAUCUGGCCAGUCUGGUACACAGGGGCAUCAAGGAACUGAACUUGGUUGGCAUCCCUCAUAUCGACCAGACACAACCAAAGAUGGUGCUCCUGGACAACAAGUGUGGACAUCGGAGGACCCAGAGAACUCGCGGUGACCUUCGUCGCUCAGAGCGUGAGGUCAGUAGCAGUUUGGAGCUCUUUCAGAACUUCCGGAUCGUGACUGUCCUCAUGCAGGUCCUUCAUAGUGGAGACUAUAUUAGGACACAACUGCAUCGCAACCCCUGUAUACCCCCUUGCUGAACUACCGUCAAGGGUGUUGAGAGAGAAGGAACCAUCAGGCUGGUUUCUGGCAGUAAAAGGUGCCGUCCACGACCUGGUGACUUCCUCAUGCACUUCCAGGAAAAAGGGUAUUAGGGCAUGUGCUGGUAAACCAGUGCGAGCCACACCGAGAAACCAGUCAUCCAACCUCGAAGGAUCGGGGAGGUCUCCACUUGAGCUCUACCUUCUCAGUGGCCCAGAAAAGCAUAGCUGUCAUGUCAGGCAUUGCCACCAUCCCGAAUGGGGUCAGCACAGCCCUCCGAAUCAGCGGCUGACAUCCUGUUGUCAGGGGGUGGACCAAGGGAUACCACUGAUAAGCUCUUAGAAGAGGGCCCAGCAUGUUCCUUUUGCUGGUCAACUGGAUCAGAAAUGCUAGAGGAGAGGUGGGCCCCGAGGGUUGGUUCCCUGAGGAGUUUGCCACUGCUGUAAUCCUCAAACCACCCAUGCUACUGCUGGAAGUUGCCCUUGCCUGGCACCCGCCAGUACAAGCACUAGAUCGUGGCAGCCCCCCUUGAGGAAAUGGAGCCUGGUCCAUAGCUCCAAGAUAGUCAUCUUCCCACAAUGGGAACAUGAGUCAUCCGUGAAUGCCACCUCAGUGUGUUUAAUGCCCAGACACAUGAAGCAGCAAUUGUGACCAUUACCCGGCACCAGGUAAUGACCACAUCCUGAAAUGCAUGGGUGAUACGGCAUCUUUAAAAAUACGGUCCUUUGUCUUUACACAGAAGUAACCGUGAUGCACUUUUAGAGAAAUUGCUCUUUCAGGGAAAAUACUCUUUUAGUGCUGAGGAGCACAGGAGAAAUGGCCACUUGCAGCACAACAGAAGGUAGUGCAGCCUGAAGUGCACAACCCACUCGACAAAGGAACGACCAUCACAGAAGCGCCGUACCGCCAGUACCAAAACCAUCCAAGAGCACGUUGAACUUGUUGAGCAGAAUGAUGUUGUCACUCGUCUCCGAAGUGAAAAGCUGGUAUACAUUGCACCUGCUGCCUUUUUAUGCUCACGCUGUGAUCAACUGUAGCUGGAUGCAAUAGUCGCAUGCCAAUGUGCAUUGGCUCGUUUAGUUUACACUCAAAGUAGAUUGGUCUCUCGAAGCGAGAUCCCAAUUCGUCGAUCACCGAUGUGAUGUAAAGAGUGACCGAUUGAAAGGGAACACUGCUUCACACACACACACACACACACACACACACAUACCGUACAGAUCUCUGUAGACUUGGGCCUGUUUACAAGCACAAAAAUCAUGCUCUCAUUCUGUACAUUUCUGAGACUGUUUGUGGGGAGAAACAAUGACUCUUUCUAUAUUUCUAUGGCAAAUGUUUAUUUUGAUGCUGAUGUUUUGACUGAUGACGCUUAUCUUCAGGGUAUGAAUCGAUCUAUCAAUCGCUCUCUGUACUGUCGAUACAGUAUUCUUGCCUUAUUUGAUGCUUGUGGUGAUUGAAGUCAGUUGCCUUUUAGCUCUUUGAUAUUCAGAAUUGUAUUUUGUAAAUACAGCAAUGUAUGAUAUACUGUCCUUUGAACAGUGUAAACUUGAGCAAUAUAAGAUUUUGUAAUAAAGCGGGUAUUUAAGAACAA